AUGUCAUCCACACGAUGCCUCGCUAAACAGGCCACUGGCCUCAGCAGACGCCUCCUCCAAGCUCCCUCUCGCCCUCUCUCUACCAGCGCCGUCCUUCGAGCAACGACACCUCCGUCCUCCGAGAACCCGAGCACAGAAUCACCAAAGAAGAAGCUCAAGCCUCUCACCCAAGAACAGCGCGACUUUCUCUCCUCCGCCCUCCGAGUCAACCAAGCCGGCGAGCUCGCCGCAACCCUCAUCUACUCCUCCCAGACCCCCGUCAUCACCCGCAAGCACCCUCACCUCCGCCCCCUCAUGGCCCACAUGUACGACCAGGAGGCCGCCCAUCUCACCACCUUCAACGACCUCAUCCACAAGCACCGCGUCCGCCCCACGGCCCUCUACCCGCUCUGGUCCGUCCUCGCCAGCGGCCUCGGCUGGUCCACCGCCGUCAUGGGCCGUGAGGCCGCCAUGGCCUGUACCGAGGCCGUCGAGACCGAAAUCGGGAGCCACUACAACGAGCAGAUCCGCUCCAUACUCGAGAUGAUUGCCCAGUGGGAAGCGCAGGGGUACGACGUCAGCGGCGAGGUCAAGCAGCUCGUGGACACGCUGCGCAGGAUACGGGACGAGGAACUGGAGCAUCUAGACCAUGCCGUGGAGAACGACGCCAAAAAGGCUGAGCCUCAUUGGCUAUUGACAAAUGUCAUAAGAGCUGGUUGCCGCGGCGCAAUAUGGGUGAGUGAAAGGGUGUAA